AUGAAUGAACCCUAUGGCCCUGAGGCACCCCGUCCCAUCAGCAGCACACCUCUUGGCAUCAUGAAAAUGUUCAUGGUCUUCCUCACUGUAUUUAUUGUAGUGCAGACCAUUGGAACCGUGCUCUUCUGUUUGUAUCUUCACAUGAAGAUGGAUAAGAUGGAAGAAGUGUUGAGCUUAAAUGAAGAUUACAUCUUCCUGAAGAAAGUACAGAAAUGUCAGACAGCAGAAGGUCAGAAGUCGACAUUAUUGGACUGUGAAAAGAUUGUAAAGGGCUUCCAGAACAUCCAGUGUAAGGACAGACCCCUCAAGGAGCAGCCAAAGUUUGAAAUGCAGAGAGGUCCUGAGCACCAUGAGCAUCCCCGUUUGACACACGAGAAUGUGACAUCUGUGGCAGCAGAGAAGAGGGAGCCAAUUGCAGUUCAUCUGGCAGGUCAGCAGAGCACCAAGGCAGGCUCAGUGUUGGAGUGGAAGGAGACCAUGUAUGGCCCCACAAACGGCUUGAUAUCCAACAAGGAGGGGAAACUGAAGGUGGAGGAAGCAGGACUCUACUACAUCUACUCCCAGGUCAGCUUCUGCACCAGGGAAGUGUCUUUGGCACCCUUCACCAUCUAUAUUUAUUUGCAUAUCCCCAAGGAAGAGGACCGGCUCUUGCUGAAAGGACAAAAGACACAGAGCACCUUGAAGUCCCUCUGUGAGCUCCAGUCCAUCCGUGUGGGAGGCAUCUUCAACCUCCGGGAAGAUGACAUGGUCUUUGUCAAUGUAACAGACUCCACGAAAGUGAAGUACAGCCAUGGCAACACCUACUUUGGCAUGUUCAAGCUGUAG